AUGGAUGAGGAAAAGACAGCCCUGUUUAGCAAAGAACAGCUUCCUCUCAUUGUGAGAGCAUUUGAAGAGGCUGAUGCUGAUGGAUCUGGAGGACUGGACAUGGAGGAGUUCUGUGCGGUAAUGAAGAUGCUUGGCACCUCCAUGACCCAAGAAGAGCUUGAGAUCCUCCACAUGAAGAUCGAUGCCAACUCUGACACAACUGUGGACAUUUGUGGCUUUCUAUACAUGUUAGUCUCUUAUAAUAUAAAGACACAAGGGCUCUUCUCCUCAAGGGCAUACGAGAAAAUCUCUCUGAAGAAAUAUCCGACUGUGUAUGUUUCAAGCCUGCUGGAAAAUCCCUCUGAGGACUAUCUGUGUGUCAAAAUUCACAUCUUUAAUGACACGUGCAGUCAGAUCCAGUUCUUGCCAUCACUUGACAUGUUUGCCAUCUGCGGUACUUCAGGUAGGACGAUGGUCCUCACUGGUCUCCCUAAAUCACUCAACACCAAAACAAAAAUCCCAAAACGAGUGUUUGAGAGUAAGAAAGAGCACGAGUUUUUCACAUGUGUUGUAUACUCUCCUUCAUCUGAUCGUCUGCUGACCGGGGGUACAGAUGGUGUACUGCGGGUGUGGUCUCCUCACAGAACCACGUCCUGCGAACAUGAAUUAAAAGGACAUGUCAAACCCAUCACCCACAUCAUAGGUAAUGAAAUUGACGACAUAUUCAUCAGUUUGUCGAUGGAUAUGAAUGUGCGUGUAUGGACCACGAAUGGCUGGAUAUGUAAACAAAGCUUCCAGGUUGAUGGUAUGGGACCGAGCCCAAUCUCCAGUGUAUGUUACAGCGAACAUAACAACGAGUUAGUCCUGGCCAACACAAAAAUAGGAUUAUGUCUUGGAAGAGGAACAGACGUUUUUAAAAGCACAUUAACAUCCCAUGGCAAACCCCUGUGCUCUGCACUGCACCACAGCACCUUCCAACAGGUCGUCUCUGUUUGCCAGGAUGGUGUGGUGUCAGUGUGGGACACCUUAACAGGAGAGGCCGUCAAGCAGUUUAACAUCUCUUCGAAUCAGACUUCUGGAUCCACUGCCAUGUUAUUUAAUGAAUCACAGCGCAAACUAAUCACAGUUUCAGAGGAUGGGAAAGUGAGACUGUGGAACUUUAACAGUGGAAGAGAGCUUGCCGUUCUUCCUGUGACCGUGCCAAAGGAGGUGACAGCUCUAAUCUGUGUAAACAACAGAUUAUUAAUUUCAGGGAAGGACUCCAAGAUUAUUUUUGACCUGGAUAUGGAGAGAAAUGAUCACAGAUUUUUCCAGCAUGAUUAUUUAGAUGACAUUUCAUCCAUGGAUGUGCACGGAGCCAGAUUGGUCACUGCCUCCAGCAACGGAAAUGUUGUCAUCUGGGAUAUGGACACUGCUAUGGUUCUGUACUGGCUUAAUGUUAGUGAGAACCCCCGAACACAUAUGGCAUUUAAAAGCGCUCAGGGCCGGACUGGCAGUGUACCUGUUGAGAAGAGGUCAAAAUAUGGAGUGGACACUGGGAGAAAUGCUCUCCAUAAAAAAUCUACAGCUGUGACAGACACUAGAAUGGAUGUCAGUCCUCUUAUAAAAUGUCUGCGGACCAGGGAGAUCAAGGUUGACACAGCCACACUGCUGACCUGUGCAGAUGGCUACAUCCAUGCCUGGUCUGUUAUCAGCAAGGGAGGGCUGUUAGCAAAGUUCAGGGCUGUGAGUGACGAGGGUGCAGUCAUUAACACCAUGGCAACAGAUGCAAAUGAAAAAAUACUUCUCACUGGGGACAGCACGGGAAGGAUUUGUCUGUGGGACAUUCAGAAAUUUGGCUUUAAAAAACAGUCAGAUGAAGGGCCAUUUGAAAACAUCAAUGGGUGGCGUGUGUCACUUUGCCCACCUCCACUGUUGGACUCUUGGCAAGCUCAUCCUACGGCAGUAGUUAGUGUUACAUGUGAUCCAGCUUGCAAAAACAUAGUUACUGCAGGUUUGGACUGCAAUGUCCGGCUAUGGACAAACACAGGCUAUUGCGUAGGUGUCUUCGGGAGAGAUAAAUGGGCAUCGCAUGAUUUAAAACGCUGCCCACAGGAGAAUGCUGACCAUAAGCAGGCAGGAAAACCAAGGACUGCAGUGACAAGAAAUAUACAAGUACCAGUCCUCAAGUUUUCUAUACCGUCAUCGCCCUCACUACCGCUUCCAAAGAUUGAAAAAACCUGUGACGAGAAACCCCCCACCCCCGACAAUCCCCAUAACCCCACAAUCCCCAUAACCCCCCACCAUCCCCACAACCCCCAAAAUCCCCACAACCCCCCACCUUCCUUCUCCACAGGCCGCACUAACGCCACAAAGAAUUGA